AUGGAUUUCUACAGGGAUGCUACGUGGGUGUUGGAAUCCAUUGAGAACCAGGAUGCGAAGGGCAAACUUUCAGGGUCGCUGCAGACGCUUGUGUUGAACAGCUGCAAACGGUUCAAAGUGAAGACGAAUCCGAAACAUAUAUACGCUGUUGUAAGCUCGUGUUGGAGGUAUAAACCGUUUUUGGAGAAGGUGAUGAAAAAAUCCAAGAUACUGGAUGAAGUUCCACAGAAGAAAGGUGCGCCCGUCUUCCAGAGACUCACCCUGUUGCUGUUGUGUCACGAUCUACUGCUGUCUAAAAGCAAGAGAAUACAGAUGGGGAAACACCCUAUCAAGAUGUUCGUGCUGAAGUACAAGACGCGUCUAAAUGCAGAAUUGGCAAAAAUGAAGGUGAAGCUGAAAGUGAAGGAUCUGUCUCAAUUGACAGACUCAGACGACUUGACCAACGAUAUCACGCCUGUGAGGUGGUUCAGGGUCAAUCCUCUGCGUUGCACUGCAGAAAAACCAGUUCAGUCAGUUGUGACAGAAUUGAGAAAGAAAUUUACGGAAAAAGUGGACUCCUGGAAGGACGUUGUACCCGGGAGUAUUUAUUACGAUGAGUACAUUCCCAAUCUAUUCUGUGUCCAUCCACAGGAUAAAAUUACGUCUCACGAAUUGUACAAGCAGGGCAAGAUUAUUAUUCAGGAUAGAGCAUCCUGCUUCCCUGCCCAUAUCUUGAAUCCAAAAUCCGAUGACAUCGUUAUUGAUGCCUGUGCUGCACCAGGUAAUAAGACCACCCACUUAGCCGCUCACAUGUUUCAGGACAAGACGGCAGAUGAGAAGCCAAAGGUACAAAUUUAUGCAUUUGAGAAGGAUCCAGAGAGAGCUCAGGUGUUGAAUAAAAUGAUCAAAAUAGCAGGCUGUUCGAAAGAAAUCGAAGUUAUUGUCGGUGAUUUCACCAAAUUGGCAACACCUCAAGCUUGCCCCAACGUCAAUGGUCUGAUUGUCGACCCAAGUUGUUCUGGUAGUGGUAUUUUUGGUAGAAAAUACAUCGAUUCGAUAAACCACAAAAAGACUGACGAGGAGAAAGAAGAAGAAGAACGUGAACUUGAUGCUGUUCCUGAGGAACAAGAGGAGCAAGAAUUGGAUGAUAAUUUGAAGACACGUCUGUCCAAAUUAUCCUCUUUCCAGUUUCAAAUAGUCAAAUAUGCUCUGAGCUUCCCACAAGCUACUAAAGUAGUUUACAGCACAUGCUCUAUACACGCCGAAGAAAACGAGCGUGUGGUCAUAGACCUUCUUUUGGACAAGAAGGUGAAGGAGUCGGGGUGGAGAGUUGCCCCAAGAUCAAAGGUGAUACCCACAUGGGAAAGAAGAGGGCUUGUGGAUGAAUUUCAACAAGUGUUCAGAGAGGAUUCUGAAUCCUCUAACUGCCAGGAAAUGGCUGACGGUUGCAUCAGAGCAUUACCAAGAGAGGAUGGUGGCAUUGGGUUCUUUGCAGUUUGCUUCGAAAGGACUUUGUAA